AUGACUGUGCUGUGGAUGCUUCUGGGUCUCCUUGCCCUCACUGACUUAUCUGAAAGCAGCAAUUGGGAAUGUUAUGGAAACAUCCGGACCCUGGAAACCCCUGGCGCAUCUUGUGGGGCUGGAAGACGGCGAGGCCUUAACUACUGUGGAAUUCGUGCUUCUGAAAGGCUGGCUGAAAUAGACAUGCCACAGCUAAUUAGAUAUCAACCCAUGAUGCGAACUGUUGGCCAGAAAUACUGUGUGGAUCCUGCAGUGAUUGCAGCUAUCUUGUCCAGACAGAAUCAUGGAGGCAAAGUCCUGAUCAAUGCAGGAAAUGUGCACAAUGGAUUCGGGGUGGUGCAGGACUCUGGUCGUUAUGCUCCCACAUUCUUGAUCAACGAGUCCCAUGUUUCUGGAAUGACAGAGGUUCUAACUGGUAGAAUCAAAGAAAUUCAGAGGAAGUUUCCAACCUGGACCCCAGACCAGUAUCUCAGAGGAGGACUCUGUUCCUACAAUGGAGGUGUAGGCUAUGUCAGAAAUAGCCAGGACUUGAACUGUGACUUCUGCAAUGAUGUCCUUGCACGAGCCAAAUACUACAAGAGGCAUGGCUUCUAA